CCCAGAGCUGCCCGCCCUCCGCCCGGCAGGGCUGAUCCCGGCUCGCCAUGUCCGGAGCACUGGAAGCAGCGCACAAGGCUCUGCCCCAUUAGCCCAGGUCAUCCGGGGGGGACUCAGCCAUGGAUUCGUCCCCCCCAGAACCCGGGGCUCCCCCUGACCCUCUGCAGCUCUGGCAGGAGGAGAACCGGACCCAAGGCGGGCUCUGGAACGGCAGCCAGGAGCUGGGCUGGGAAGAGCUGGAGAAGAUGCUCUUCCUCUUUGCAAAGGAGCCCGUCACAAUCAGCCUCACGGUGAUGUACUUGCUGUCCUUUGUGGUGGGCUUCGUGGGCAACAUCAUGUCCAUCAGGGUGCUGACCCGCAAGCGCCGGAGCCGCGUGUCCAGCCUGAGCGCCACCCGCAGCCUCCUCAUCAACCUGGCGGUGUGCGACCUCAUGGUGGUGUGCAUCUGCAUGCCCAUCACCGUGGGCAACCUCAUCUACAAAGCCUGGGUGUACGGGGACUUCCUGUGCCGGGCAGUGCCCUUCAUCCAGGCUGUUUCUGUGUCCGCCAGCGUCCUCAGCCUGACGGUCAUCAGCGUGAACCGGUACUACAGCGUGCACAACCCGCUCAACGCCCGCUCCUUCUUCACCCAGAGGAGGAUCCUCAGCACCAUCCUGGUGGUGUGGUUGCUGUCCUCAGGGAUAUGCAUGCCCCUCAUCUUCAUGAACAAGCGGGAUGAGAUCGGGGUGGUGGAGGGCUUGCCCCUGGUGUUUUCCAUCUGCAGGGAGAUCUGGCCUCAGGAGAGGCUCAAGCAAGCCUACAACUUUCUGCUCUUCUGCGCCCUGUACUGCCUGCCCGUGCUGUUCAACAUGGUGAUCUGCUUCCUCACGGUGCGGCGGCUGUGGAGCCGCAGCAGCCAGCUGAAGGAGAGCUCUGCCCUGAACCGCUCCCUGCCCGCCUCCAGGCUGAAGAUCCGCAGGAAGGUGGCACAGAUGGUGGUGGCCCUGGUGCUGCUCUUCGCCAUCUCUUGGCUGCCCGUCUACCUGAUGGACAUCUGGAUCGAUUUCAACAUCCCCAAGUCUUUGCAGGAUGUGACUCCUUCUCCUUGGAUCCUGCAGCUCAGGCCUUUUGCCCAGUGGCUCGGCCUCACCAAUUCCAGCCUCAACCCGAUAUGCUAUUGCUUUGUUGGGAACCUCUACAGAUCAGCCAAGGAAAUGAAGAGCAAAUACCACCAAAGGAUGGUCUCUCUCUUUAACUUCUCCCUGUCUGAAGGGACAACUCAUUCCUCAGUGCCAGAGCUGCUCUCUUACCGGAGUUCAGUGGAGCCUGCAAGGAAAGGACCCUCCAGCACGCCCUCCAUGGACAGGAGAUGUCAGGGGAGUCAUGGCCAUAAGAACAAGUGUGGACACUUGAACUCCUGCCAGCAUCCACCUCUGAAUACUGUCUCCAGUGAGAGCACUUCCUUGUAAUUCUGCUCAGGAAGUGCCACUCAUGCCCUCAUCUGCAUUUAAGGACUCUGGAGAUCUUUCUGAACCCGGUAUUUUAAUGAUGGAAGGGAGCUUUCUCCUAACAACUCUUGAUACCAUUUCAAAAAUGCCGUGACAGGGAAAGAAACAGGUAAUGAGAUAAAAAGACGAUGUAUUUUAACUCAGAUGAAAUUUUAAGACAAAUUAUUUUUUACUGGGGACAACUGGAUGUGCAGCCCGUUGCCCAGUCAACAGUCACAUAAUUAGGCAGAUCAAGUUCCCAACGAGUGAGCUCUCCCUGCAGCUCCAUCCCUGGAUGCAGAGAUGCUGUUUGGAUACAGCAACGAUUUGACUGCUUGCUGCUGCUCACACUUGCUGAUGAAGAGCAGUGAUAAGAGGCACUCUGUGCUCCAAAUCCAUCAGUUGUAGUUGCAAGCAGUGAAGAAAAGCUGGAAACAGCGUCAUAAAAAGUAAUAGUAAAUGGAGAAUUUCACACACUUUACCACUUGAGACUUCAUUGUCUGCUCAUAUUGUUUCACUCCUCCACGCAAAUAAAUUCUCCUUAUGUGAAGAGACCAUGCCAGAAGUACUAAAGCAACCAUCACCAUUCCACAUUUGGGGAUUCAGAAGGGAUAAUGUGGCCUCAGAGGUAAUUUAGGAAAUGAAACAGGAAAAUAUUUUUUUGGGCACCAGCUCUCUUUCUUACAGCGGUGCUCCUGUGUGUGGAGUGGAAAGAACUGGGCAUCUAUUAACAUGAUUUGCACUUGAAAAACCAGCCUUGUUCAGCUGUGUCUGUACCAAACAAAGUCAAUGGCAUGUGAAAACAAAAAUAGAAAGUGGUUUAUAGGUAAUAAAAUCAGAAACAAGCAAUGCAAUGCUGUUUGUCUGGGAAGGAGCGAAUCAAAGUGCUUGCUUUUCCUGAGCUUCACAAGUAGGUUAAAACCUGUUUCGUCCAUCUCCUCCUUUAAAGGAGACUUUGAUAAAUAAAUGGCAUACUUUUAUUCUGUUAGCAUUGAAAGGCUCCAGUACAGCUUGAGCAUUCUCUUGUUCUGAGCACAAAGGAAACCUUUCUCCCCAAGGUCUAAGAGAAAACACAUCAGAUCAGGCAACAGGUAGGAGGCAAAAAAAUGUGCAACAAAGAUCCAAAAGGCUGGAAUGACACCAGAGAUGGACCCCUUCCCUGCCCAGUGCCAGGGGAGAGAGCCCAUGCCCAGCUGCUUGUGCCCCAGCUCCUGGCACAGCAGCUUUGUCCCCUUAGCAAAGCCCAGACUGAACACAGCAGCAUCCCCGCGAGAGGAUUUUGAAUUUAAAGGAGCUCAGGCUUCUGAUGACUGGGAGCUUUUUUAUUAUUAUUAUUAUUAUUACUGAACAAGGGAAGGAUGCUUAAGGAAAUCCAAGUUUCAUACAAUAUCCUGCUGCCUUCCAGGGUGCCUUUUGUAGGCAAACAAAUAGAGAUAAGAAAAUAGCCUUUCAAAGUAACCCUUGUAAUGAUCACUCAAUAGUGUUUAAUGCUGACAAUGAUCUGCCUGGGAAGUGAAAGAUUCCUCCUUACCAGGCAGUGCCAUCCACAAUUUGUGUUCUCUUUACUUGAAUGAACAAGACAUUACAACUACCCAGAUUUAUGGCUUUUAUGUGUGCUGGAGAUGAGAACAUCUGCAUUUUUGCAGGUGAUAUAGGAGCAUACCUACUGCCUGAUCUUUUAGUAGCUGUGGAGAAAAGCCUGCAGAGAUUUUAUUUUCUCUUUCAAGGCAUAUUUUUAGGGCUGGCAAAAUGUGGCAGACUGAGGAGCAUCAAAAGCUCCCUCUGAAUGCCCACUGAUUCCUUGUCUGUAAAAGGAUGUUCUCCAUCCCCAGCCCAAAUGUAACUCAAUAUUGUAACCCCUACAUUGCCCUGACCUGUAUAUUUAAUCCUGCCCUGGAUAAACUACAAUGAAGGGACCACAGAGCUCCAUCCCCUGUGGUUUUCUGGCUCUGAAAAUGGACAGGAUCAAGUGAUGCAGUCAAAGAUGCAAGAUAUUCAUAUUUUAAAAUAUCCCAGAGAAGAAUUCUUUUCUCUGAAUUUGUGUGCUAAUGCCUGAGUCCUACCUGGAAGCCUCUGUACCCUCCAUGGAGGACAAAUACCAGGAACUGUGUUCUCAUUAGUGUACCUGGGCCUUCCCCUCCUGACACAGGUGCCCGUGCCUUCCUCCAGCCCCACAGCACUCCCAACCACUGAAAUUCACAGAGGCAAA